AUGGCAGUUAAGAUGAUCAUUUUCGCCGCUUGCGUGGCCACCACACUCGCCCAAUACGCUGCUCCAGCAUACCCAGCGCAUCACGCUGAAGCUGAACACGCAUACGCCCCAACCCCGUACAACUUCGAAUACAGCGUAAACGACCCACACACUUACGACGUGCAUAGCCAAUCCGAAUCCAGUGACGGAAACGGUAACGUCAAGGGAACUUACAGCCUUUUGGAAGCUGACGGUUCCACCCGUGUCGUCGAAUACACCGCCGAUGACCACAGUGGUUUCAACGCUGAAGUCAAGAAAAUCGAAGGACAUAGCCAAGGUUACAAGGCACCGUACAGCGCACCUGCCCCAGCCUACAAGCCAGCUUACUCAGCACCCUCAUACUCUGCACCCGCUCAUUCUGCACCAGCAUACUCUGCACCAGCUUACUCUGCCCCAGCCUACAAGCCUGCUUACUCCGCACCCGCAUACUCUGCACCUGCUCAUUCUGCACCCGCUCAUUCUGCACCAGCAUACUCUGCACCAGCUUACUCUGCCCCAGCCUACAAGCCAGCUUACUCUGCACCAGCUUACUCAGCACCCGCACACUCUGCUCCAGCUUACUCAGCACCCGCUCAUUCUGCACCAGCAUACUCUGCACCAGCUUACUCCGCUCCGGCCUACAAACCAGAAUACUAA